CACCAUCCCACUUGGUUAUGAAAGCAGCAUGAGACCCACUAGAGACAAGGUCAAGUUGUAUGUUGGUUCAACACGCGGAGAAUUGUCAGUGGCGCUUAGCUAAACUUCGAAAGGUGUAACGUUAUGCCGCCAUGAGAACGAUUUGGUUUGUAACCGAUAAAUAAUAGACGAUUGAUUAUUCUAUUUCCUUUUUAUUGUGCCAUUUGCUCCAUUGAUUGCAAUCCGCUACAAAACAUCGCAAGUUGAGCUGCGAGUGAUAGCUUUCACUUGGGGGGUGGGGUGGGAUUGUCAGGAGCGGUCCGGAUGAGUUCGGAACAGUGUCUGGCUCUACAGCAGAAGGAGGUCAAGUCGGGAUCGGACGAACGUGUGCAAGGGGAGAUAAUAUCGAAAGAUCAAGGCGGAAUGGUAACCACAAAGGGAGCAGGUCUGAACCCCAAUGCCAAAGUCUGGCAGGAGAUCUCUGCGCCCCAGAGCCAAGUCCCAGAUGAGGGCAUAGAGGGCCCCUACUUGCUCCAGAUGACCCCUAACUCUGCUGAUGUCACUGAGGGUUACUCAGAGGUCCCUCCUACUGGGGCUAAGGGGUAUGGCAUGGGGUACUCGGACCCAUCCUUGGACAGCAGUGCCCCUGCACCCACAGAGGGGGUAUUGAACGGCAUGGACCCCCCUGAGCUGGGAUACCCUCUCUAUGACCCUGUGACUGGUUCAGCAGUGGAGGAAAAGCAGCCGCUCUUAGAGGUGAGCAUCAGAGAGUGUCUGAAGAAACAGAUGGAGUUCUGCUUCUCCAGAGAGAAUCUGUCCAAGGACUUGUACCUGAUGUCCCAGAUGGACAGUGACCAGUUUGUCCCCAUCUGGACCAUCGCCAGCAUGGAGGGCGUCAAGGUUCUCACCACUGACAUGGACCUGAUUCUGGAGGUGCUACGAGCCUCGCCCAUGGUGCAAGUUGACGAGAGUGGGAAAAAGGUUCGGCCCAACCACAAGCGCUGCAUCAUCAUUCUGAGGGAGGUGCCCGAGACCACACCGGUGGAGGAAGUGGAGACCCUCUUUAAGAAUGAAAACUGCCCUGAAGUGCUUAGUGUUGAAUUUGCGGCCAAUAACAACUGGUACAUCACGUUCCGGUCGGACACUGAUGCACAGCAGGCCCACAGAUAUCUAAGGGAAGAAGUGAAAACAUUUCAGGGAAAACCCAUCAUGGCUCGUAUCAAGGCCAUCAACACAUUCUUUGCAAAGAAUGGCUACCGUAGCGUACUGGACUCCAGUGUGUACAGCCAGCAGGGCCAGUCUCAGUCCCAGUACACCUCUACACACCACUAUAUGCAGCAGGUGUUCAGCCCCCAGCAGCAGUACCCUCUCUACCCCCUGGUGCCCCCCACCUGGAACCCAUCGCCUGCCCCUUAUUUCGAGACCCCACUGGCCCCGUUCCCCAACAGUGGCUUUGUGAAUGGCUUCAGCGCCCCUGGGAACUACAAGACUGGCACCUGUCCCCUGGGCCUCGGACGAUCGCCCUUCAACAGCAACCGUGUCCCCCUCUAUUCCAGAAAGUAUGUAAUCAAUGCCUUCAGGAACCAUGUGAAGAGCCAGCCCCAGCCAUGUGAUGAAACCCUACCUCCAUCUGUGACCCCCGUACCCCCCCUGGUGGAUGGCCUGUCUGGCCCCUCCAGCCCUCAGCCACCCCGCAUGACUGGGGCUCCCCUGGUUAGCACCCCUGAACCUGGCCCUGCUCUCACCUCUUACUGCCUCAGGGACACCCUCCCACUGGCUUCAGAGGGGAUGUCUAACGGAGACCUGGGCAUUGCUGGCAGAAGCAGGAGAGGCAGCUACCGAGGGAUGCGCAGAAGGAGAGAGGACGAGCGGCUCAUGAGGCCCAUCCCUCUGAGCGAGGUUAAGGUUCCACAGCCCAAGUUUGACUUGGCAACCUCCAACUUCCCUCCGUUGCCUGGGUGUACGGUCAGCAUGCAGGGAGAAGAGCCCGUGCUGGAGACGCGCAUGUCUGACGUGGUGCGGGGUGUUAAGGUGGUGACCAGUGACAAACCUGAGGUGAAUAAGGAGUCUGUGGCCCCUCCUGUUAGUACCCAGGAGGGAACUGGGAGCGUGCCCAGUCCUGUCAUGCCAGCCCUCAAACCCCCCACCCCUCUAGUUGUGCAGCCCCCUGUUCCAAGUGUUGCUCACCCGGUAGAGAAGCCUGAGCCUCAUGUCCAAAGGGAGGCUGCUAGAACCCCCACACCACCCUCUUCUUUGCCAACCCCAUCACAGCCCGCUGCUGCUACCAAACCCACCCCUAUCCCCACCAGCAGUCAGUCCAUCUCCACGACAACACCAGUCCCCGCUGCCCCCACUACCGCACCGGAGCCAAGGAAGCUGAGCUAUGCUGAGAUGUGCAAGCGGCCAGCCACCCAGCUCCCAGCCCCCAGCACCCCCAACCCUCCCAUCACCUCUGCCAGCCAACCCCUGCAGGAGCUUCGGGUCAACAAGGCGGACGAGCCUGCCGCCUCCAGCAGCAGCAAUGGCGAUAGGCCAGAGAAACCUGAGGGGUCUGGAGAAGGCCUGUCCCUUCGUGACCCCCUGGGCACAUACCGUUCGGGUAACGGCCCUUCCCGAUCCGGAGGGAUGGGCCUAAAGUACCGGGAUCAACAGCGUGGUGCCUCUAUGAGACGACGGAUCUCCCCCCACAGCUGGGCUAGAGGGAGUGGGAAGGAACAGAACAUUCCACCCCGGUCGCCGAAGUAGUUUAAACCACAACCAAUAGACUAAAAGGAAAACAAACAGAUCUAUGUUAAGACAGAAAUAUAUGAAUAUAUAUUAUUGGAUGAAAGAACAUGUGCGUUCUUAAUCUAGAAGACCCUCCUGGAGCUCAGUCGGACACACUGACCUUUGUUUGGGAAAACACUGAAAGCGGUAAUCAUUUUAAGUGGGGGUGAACAUGAGUGUCACAAAACAAACUGAAGGACUUGUUUGAAAGAACAGUGAGAUGCUGACAUGUGGCCUCACCUUGGUUAGCUUGAAGAAUGGGCCCUCCGCUAAAUCGAUGAAUUUUAUUUUUAUGUGAAAGUGGGGUUUGAGAGAGGGGGGACAAAUGUAUGGUAAGUAAAGCCUUGUAUCUCAAAAAUACCAGUAGUUGCAAAAUAAAAAACAACAGUUGAGCUGUUAGCAAAUCUAGUUUAUAUGCAACUAAGCAAAAGAUGUGGAUAUCCACCGAUAUGACAACUGAGUUGAUACUACUUCCUUAUAAAAAAUUAUAUUGAGGGAGGGGUUAGUAGGGUAUUGUUCAUUAACUGUGUGGAAAUGUGCUUUUAUGAAGGUUGGAAGCAAGAGAUGGCCACAUGGUUCAGGAGUUGUUCUGAGAGUUGGGAAGCCUGUCAAGUCAAGCUGCACAUUCAUUUAGGUGAAGAAACCGUCUUCGACAUGUCUGCUUUUAGUCUGGAAUUUAAAAAAAAAGCUUUAACCAGUGGGGAAAUGUGAA